CUACUAUCUGUCCGUGUUGUCCAUCUUGAUUCUUAUGAUCUCGGAGUAGAUGAUUGUUUUUGUUCCGUUUGUUGAAUGUGCCGAGGAAGGGUUGUCGGUUCGUUGUGGAGAACGAGGCCGAAUGUGUCGAGGAAGGGUUUUCGGUAUCGGUUCGUUGUGGAGAACGAGAUAAACAUUUUCGGAUUGAGUUUUCGUCAAGGUCUGUCUGUCAUUUCGUUGUCCUUCGGUCAUGGUUGAGAUCUUUCUAGUAGAGUAUAAUGGAACCUCACAUUUGCGCAAAUGAAUUUCUGGUCCGUUUUCAGUUCAUCUGGCUCCCACGAUUUCCUCACACACAACGUCAUCACCCGUUUUUGUACUUCGACUAGAUUUUAACUGAACACUGUCUUAGACUUUGUUCAGCUUCAGCAGUUGGAAUACGUAACUAAACGCACCAGUAGAGUCAUCAUCGUCAUCGCCUUCUUCUCCUAGAGUAGUGGCGCAACAACUAGAGAUGGACAUCGACAUCAAUUUGAACAUCUUACUUCUUCUGAAAGACAAGGCCAUCAAAUACUUGCAGGCGUACUGCUUCAUCUGAAACAAUUUCUCAAAAAAUAGUUGUAGUUGUACUGAGGGAAGUCGUAGGUCCAAUCCGAACCGACUAACGUCGUCAUUUGUAGUUGUGCACGGUCGCAAGUAGCACAAAACAAGAAAGAUGGAACACUCGUUGAGUCCUUCCGCGGCCAUCAACAAGGCCAAUAAAAGGAAGCCCUACUUAAGGCUAGUUUUUCACUAUGAUCCUGAGAGGAGUAUGCAUAUGCGGAGUGGAGUCGGUCCUCGUCUCACUUGAUGUUGAUUUUUUAAAGGGGAAACAAACCGUAUGUGGUUGUGGAGUUUUGUGCUGAGCGGAGUCCUCUACUGCUUCCCUAUGGAUCAUAGAGACCAAGCCUUGGCAAGGGGAACAAAAAGAAAAAGGGAAACUCAAGGGGAACAAAACUAGAUUUAAAGGGGAAACCAAGUAGGAAGGUGAUAUGUGUUAGUACUCAAUCCACCAGGGAUAGUGUUAGUGAAAAACUAGCGCUAAAGUAAGUCGCUACUUCCCCCAGUAAGAACUCCGACCUCGCAAAGUUCGAAGAAGAUCCAGAGAAGGAGCCUCUGGUACAAGGACCCGAGAACCACAGCAAUGCGAUCCUGUACUCUUACUAUUUCGUGUUUGUGUAGUUGAAAGUUCACGUUGUUAGUACCUCAAGUAGAUCAUAUUGUUUUUAUAUUUCGUGAUGGGAGAAGAAUGAUUUUGGUCGAUGAAAAUAGAGUCGUACCAAGAAAGGCUGUAGUUGCUUGGCCUGAUAUAAUUGUUGAACUCUUCUAUUUCCUGUCUUGAUGAAGAAAAAGUCUUGAAGAUUGGCAUUAAAAUCUUUUUCAACAACAACCUCUGAGGUUGAGCCUCAUGAUAUAUCAAUCUUUUUCAACAACAACCUCUGAGGUUGAGCCUCAUUCUGGUGAUCGUGAUACGAUGAGACCGUGAAAAAAGUGUUAGUGUCUUCAUACAUACAGGACAUGUUGAAAAUAAAAGUGCUGAAAGCAGACAUUGCGCAAUAAGUUUGCACUUACUCUACCCUACUCCCCCUGCAAAACUUUCACCCGACACACUACCUCGUACUAGUCAAAUGAAUGAAUGCAGAAAUGAACGUCAUGCUCUCACUAACCCAGGUUUUUUGGUGAGGAAGGAGAAGGAGGGGACAUGGGAGCCCCAUUGCAAAUGGAUGUCUCCAUUAUGCAUAUGCACGACUAUAAACCAUACACAUGACAUAACGUUUUCUUUUUCUUAGUACUUCUCCUCGAUUGGUAGAAGAAGUAGCUCUAAGGCCGAAGAGGUUAGUUACAUUUAAUGGGUAGAAGCUCUGUUGCCUAUCAUUCUACUGACAAGGAACUAAGUUUUGGCUAUCAUGAUUCUGCUGACAAGGCUAUCUGUGGAUAUCCGUCUCUCCUUCUCAUAAUGAUAAUGCUGAGAAGGCUGAACCAUUCUACUGACGGGGCUAAAGCUACAAACAUAGACAUACUUGGCCUAAACCUGCUUCUUGCAGUCAAUCUACCUCGCUUUCGUCGAGGAGGGCUCCACUAUGAUCAUACAUAUCAAAGCAGUCCUUUCUUGUAGCCUACUCGCAUAUAUUAUAAGUAUCUUCAUAUACAUUUCUCCAGAUGAUAAUGAUCCUUGUACCCCACUCGCGUAGGUGGUUCUACUCGAACCCGAAUCGUCCCAGCCGAUGCGGCCUGGCCGUGGUGCAGCGGACCCUCAACCUUCACCUUAACCUUAUCCAACUCGCGUAGCCGUUUUUGCUCAAGGGACCAUACGAAAGCAUUCAACUAGUCUAACUACUAAGUAAAGCUGCUCUAACGAAAAACCCGAGUCGAGUGGGUGGCAUGUCAUUGUUGCUCUCGGGAACAUUGCUAUGUUUAAGGCUGGAAUAAAGAAAAAUCCUAUACCAACACGAGUGGUCUCGAUGAAGUUGUUCUCAGCUCCUUUAAUAACUCCUUCGUCCUGCUCGUCUUAUUGCUACCUCCUCUAAAAUGGACGUGAUGUUGCCGAUAAAAAUCUGUGUCGAGAUGACCCUACACCUCCAAAUAGCAGCGGCUCAUGCUGUUUUUACUACGCCGGAAGCUGCCAACAGUCUGAACAUGAUGAGGGCCGCGCAACGGGGAUUACGGCCCACACUACAUAUUUACAAGUAAACUACGUAACUUACAAGUCCCUUCAUGUAAUAUUCGAAAUCUUGAAAUAUGCGAGUAGCUACCUGAAGUAACCGAGUAUCUUAGAUAGGGAAUUAUCCGCUGGGAUACUCGGUUGCUUCAGCUUUUUUAUCCACAAAUUAGUGUACUACAGUGAAAAGUAGACAAAUUUGUCGGGCUGCGACAUAAGACGCAACAAGUUGCACCACAUCGCGCUAGGCACAUUCACUCACUCACUCACUCACUCACUCACUCACUCACUCACUCCCUCUUCUAUGUCUGUGCAAUGGUUUUUAUUGUUGACUAUCUAACUAAGGAGGUUGGCAACCACCUUGUAAUAAAAAGCUAAAUUCUCUUCUAGCUCUCUCUUUUAUGUACCAAUCUGAUGUGAGCGUUCUGUUGCAACCUUUCUUCCUCGCACUUGUUAAUCAGAAUAUUUGAAGACAAAUACAACAUCUGACAGGCCGCUUGAUGACAGUACGCCUACGCUAGUUGUGAUUCAUCUAAAUAAGAUGGAAUCUCUGAUGUCUUUGCUAGCUCGUUGUAAUAUUAUAGCGUAGUUUGUUGAAGAAUAAAAGUAGAGUAUGAUCUACUUUAAUCCAAUUCAUACAUAUACGACCCAUGCACACACUUUUCCAAAGCAAGAAGAAGUUUUUGAUUUGACAGAUCGGAUCUCUGCUUCUACUCACGUAGGAGCGAGACGAAAAAUAUACAAUUUAGUAUGUUCUUGAUGUUGGGUUUAAAUCUAAUUCAUCAACACGGACACCCGAAUAUGCGUGGAACCCCGAUGCUGCAGGCGAACUUCUUAAGGCGAAAGUACUAUCAUGAAAAAUUAUAAAAGGGACCGCACACGGCCCUUCACAGACGGUGAUCGAUCGAGUAUAGCUUAGAAACUAGGACUUAGCGUAGCGCCACCAGGUCUAGGGCGUAGCUUUGUUUUUGGCCCUUCAGCAGCCACGCAUGUCUGCCAGUUUUCCUGGUAGGCCCACACCUAACCUAACCCAAGUAAGUACUCAUCAAGAUUCUUCAUCAUUCUCCUAAUUCUCCUUAAAAAGUAGGGUGAUAUAAUAGUAAUAGAUAAUCAUAAUUUCCUUAAGUAACUAAGAUGCUAUACACUUCUAAGAACACCUGAUGAUCAGCUCGGUGCAGCGCAAGCUAUGAAUCUUGGCGACCUUGCACGAGAAAAGCAAGGCGCGUUUUUAGAAAAAAUGCGAAAGCAGCAUGCAGCAGCAUUCGGUGCUGGACAAGUUGUUCCUGGUGGAAAUCUGUUGGAUAAGAUUAAGGCAUCCACCAGCAUAGAAAGACUUUGGUUGUUUGGUGGUGAAUACCUUCAUGGUUACAGAGCAGUCCGUGUGGCUGAUGAUACUACAUCAAAGUCAUUCAUUUUCACAUUCUCAGUCUCACAUUGAUUACCUAACACAUACGGAGUCAUCAAAGUCAUUCUCACACUGAUUACCUAACAUAUACGGAGUCAAAGUCAAAGUCAUGACCCAACACAGUUAGACAGAUGUGUUUCCUGGCUAACGUGAAAAACUUCUGGCACUAGUAGUUAUUCUUUUUUAGUAUUAUCUCACGUCACCUCGCCAAUCAUGGCAGAAGUCAAGAUGGCCACUAGAGAUGCAUGAUGGUGAAUUGUUUUUUCUGGUCGACUGAGACGAGCAACACCUCUCUGGCCAGUCAUAUCAAUCCGACAGUCAGUCAAUUUGUGGUAAGUAGAAAGAUUCUGCUUCUCGGAAGACUCUGCUUCUAGAAAGACUCUGCUUCCUUCAAUGAUUCUGUUGAGAUUAUCAACAAAAGCGUUAUCGUAUUCCUACAAGUAUGAUAUGUAGUCUGCUCUCCCUCUGUAGCAUAUUGAUACAUGCCCAGAAAGCGGGCCCAUCAAGGGCCCGCUGCGCUGGGCAUAGGUAAGCGCUUAGCAAGUAGACAGAUACAAGACAAACGAAGCAAGCCGUUGGACCAUCAAGCUAGAGACGCGCGGCUGGCUUAGAAUGCACCGGCAUGGACGCCGGCCAUUGCUAAGCCAGCUGGCUAGCUAUCGCUAAGAAAACCAGCUGGAGUGGCUAGGCUGCUAGGUAGCGCGCUGGUCGUGACUAGGCUAACAGGCUAGGCAUGCCGGGCUAAGGUGCUAGCAGGGUGGCCAUGGCUAGGCUACCUAGCAAGCUGGCAGCGGCUGAGCUAGCGUCAAUUCGGCACGCCUGCAGGCUAAUAUAGCUAACCCAGCAAACUUGCAAUGGCUAUGCAGCUAGCGCGCUGGCUAUUUGGCUAAACAGCUAGAAAGCUAGACAAGGCUAAGCAGCUAGCAAGCUAGCUAUGGCCAAACAGCAAGCGCGCCCGCUAUGGUUCUUAAGCAGCCAGGAGCAAGCUAGCCAAAGCCAUGGCCAAACAGCUAGCGAGCUGGCUAGGGCCAAGCAGCUAGCAGGCUAGCCAUGGCUAAGCAGCUAGCAAGUGGGGCAUCUUCUUGCGAUGCUAGCAAGCUAGCUAUGGCUAAGCAGCGAGCUAGCUAGCCAUGGCUAAGCUAGCAAGUGGAGCUGGGAGCCCUUAAUAGGUGGCCCUUCAGGAAGGGCCUAAUAUUAGCCCAAUUUUAUUACAGGGGCUUCUUAAGUAAGGAGCUCCCUUGCGGGUCAUUUUUUGCCCUUAAGGGAGCCCUAUAGUAGAUUUCUCUAGUAGAAAUUCUUUAACUCCCUUAAGGAGGCCCCCUUAAGGAGAAAUCUUGGUCUUAGAAUAAUUUCUAACACUAUAAAUAUAAUACUAAUACUGUACCUAAGGUGAGACCUCUGGGGCUGACAGGACCACGACAGCGCCGGCGCUUAGUUAGUAGUAGAUAAGUUCUUGCCUGACUUUUCUUUUUCCGGUUUUUGUUUUUUCUAGUUAGAUAUGCUCCACCAACAAUAUUGUACCUAAGCCUAACCUAAUCUCUCUAACCAAUGCGCAACGAGUUUUGUUGAGUCUUCUUCGGCUCAAGACCCUCAAGCUGUAUUCGACCAGGUCGCGAGCUUGGCAUCGGACUCAUCAUAUGGCGUAUUACAAUUAUUCUUCGCAACCUUGUUAAAAAAGAUAAACAUGAAGAUGUUGACUUUAGGAAAGCUACGCUGUUAAUAUGUUAAUUUGUUUAAGUUGUACUUUGUUCACGAGCUUCCUAUCCUAUCUUCCUAUUCUAUCCUAUCCUAUCCUAAUCAACAAGCAACAAUCAACAACUCCUCUAGUGGUCGAUCAUGUUUUUGAUGGUGGUUUCGAUCGUGCUUUGCCAAAUUAUCGCAUGUUGCGGGUGCUGUGGCCCGAUGAGACCGAUGGGAGGCUCCGGCUCGAACUUUAUGGUCGGAGGGGGAACACGAACAACUUCUUGAUCUUGUCGUAGUAGGACACCAACUUCUCGUAUUGUUUCACUGGUUAUAACUCGUAGAGACGUGUUGGUGGUAUAAAUGAUCAAUGAUAGGCGAUCAUUGAUAAUAUAGUACUAGAAGGCACGAAGUACAACUUUUUUUCGGGUGCGUACUGGGUUUCAGUUCUUGCCAGUAUCUAUUGUUAUCUUCGGAUGAGAGAUCUGGUUCUUCUUCGCAGCAACGUCAUGUGUAUGCGUUAGUGUUUGUUAGAGAAAAAAAGGAAGAAAAAAUAUUUUUUUCCUCCAAAGAGUAAAAGUUCCCCUAUGUCAGAAGAUUAGAUGCAUCUUCAAUUAGAUUACAUAGGGUUACUUAGUAGGAGGACAUCACGCACGACCACCACCACGGGCAGCACAACCUGGACAAUUAGUCACCUUUUAAAUAUAUGUUCCAGGGCGCGGGGCGACGCCCCCCCCUAGCGGGGGGGGGCGGGCGCCCUGGGCCCCUUUUUGAGGCGUCUGCCGGGGGAGGAAGGCCUCAAAAGGGGGCCAAGGGGCCACCCCUGGCCCCUUCCCGGAGCUUUGGGUCCCAUGGAGGCCUGGGAAGUAGGUGGAAGGCCUCAAGGGGGUGCCAAGGGGCUGCCUUCUUCUCGUUUGCAUGUACCCUACAGUUUUGAGGGGUUAGAUGGUGUAAGUGCGCGGUUGGUCUUCAGGCUCCUUCCUCUGCUCCCUUCCAGCUGCCUGGCUGUUCCCUAGGGGGCUCCGAUGGUGGUGGAACGCUUCAAAAAGGGCCCAAGGGGCUGCCUGCGCCCCCGGCCAGGUGCCUGCCUGUGCCCUCGGUGCAUCCGUUAGGCUUCGCCGCCGCAGCAGUGCACCGGCAACGGAAGGCCUCUGAAGGCGGCAAAAUCCGAGGGGCUGGACCCCCUGAGCCGUACCGCCUGCACCCUCCGGGCCCUUGGUCAUGGGCUUGCCUGCUCUUGCGACCGUGGCCCUUAAGAACACGCUGAGAGGCCCUAGGGGAGGCCCGCGCCAAGUUUUGACGCCUUCCACCACUAGAAUCCGCGAAAAAUCCGCGCGGAAAAGCGCACGGGCGCGCCACCGCAGACCAGACCACAGGGGGGGGAGGGGGGGCCGUUCGGCCCUGAGUCGUAUACAUUUUAGUAAACAUUCAAGACCUUACUUUACCAGUGAACAUUCAUGAACCUAGGGAGCAACUACAUGCUUCUUGAACUAGUAGAGAUUAGUGCAGAUCUGACAUGGUGAGCUAGAGAUUAGUCAGCACCACAGGCACCUUCACAGCUUCUUUUUGAAGAUGAAGUGUUUGAUUUGCACUUCUUCAAGAAAUUGUCUCUUACAACUUUCUUGAACUACAGAACUACAAGUCUUCAACUACUUCUCUCUUCUUCUUGGAGAAAUCUCUUGCUCUUACAACUUCUUCUAAGAAAACUGGACUUGUGUGGACCGCGGUGGCUGUGAAUCUCGUGAUCGUCAUUCUGGAAUGCGUCCGACCAUCGGUGCUGGAAGUCGGGUUUCGCACCAUGACGUACUUCUUUAUUUUCCUUCAAUUAUCAUUCUUAUCAAUACUCGUUAGUUAGCUAUUCUUGCUGUAAGAGUUUCAAGUUGGAGGUGGUCCUUCUUCUUUCCGAGCAAUUAUCCAAAUGAAUCUCAAGUCAAUCUCAAUCUUCAAUAUGAAUCCCAAAUAUAAUGGACGACCACUAAGAAGCACGCAACCUAUAAUGGACGACCACUAAGAAGCACGCAACCUAUCCUAUCCUAACCUAUCCUAACCUAUCCUAACCUAUCCUAACCUAUCCUAACCUAUCCUAACUUAUCCUAACCUAUCCUAACCUAUCCUAACCUAUCCUAACCUAUCCUAACCUAUCCUAACCUAUCCUAACCUAUCCUAUCCUAACCUAUCCUAACCUAACCUAUUCCCUAACCUAUUCCCUAACCUAUUCCCUAGCCUAUUCCCUAACCUAUUCCUUAACCUAUUCCCGAACCUAUCCUAUUCCUAACCUAUCCUAACCUUUCCUAACGCGUCCUAUCCUAACGCGUCCUAUCCUAUCGCGUCCUAUCCUGUUGCAAGAACUACAACUAACUAAAAUUACCUAUGUAGAAAAUAUACAAACACCCAAUUCCUACCCUAUCUAGUAUAGGACCACCUCUAGUGAGUGUGGGUAAAAUCAUUAUCAUCAUCAUCAUCAUCAUCAUCACCCUAACCAGGGCGCUUUGGAUACUACCGUCUUUGAUUUGCAUGACUGGAUUGAUGGGCGGAUAUUUUUCUUCGCUGAAGAAAUAGUAACUGCAGAGCGAAGGCAAUGUGGAGGCUUUGGCACGUACUGAGAAAGGUACUUAGAGAGAGAACAAUGACUGAGUACGCUAAGAGGAUAGUACCCUAAAAGGAUAGACUAGAUCUCAGUAGAGGUAGUAACCUAAGAGGAUCCUCUCAGUAGAGGUGAGGAUCACCAUGUUGAUCUCAGAGGAUCAUGAAAUGCUGACGAGGCACAGAGAAUGGCGACAUGCUGAGGCGCAAUGGAUGGUGAAAUGCUGAGGCACAGAGUAUGGUAGACUAAAUGCAUGACGAUAUGACAUGAAUGACAUGAAUACGGCUUGAAAUACGUAAGCUGCAUAGAUAUUGUCAAUUUAUUAGACGUAAACUGCAUGGAUAUUUCAAUUGCAUAACUAUACAUGUAUACCGUUGCGAAUUUGCGGGGACCAAUUAAUUAUAGUUACAGUCUGUAAUCUGCAUUACUACUCUCGACUUGGUGGACCACAAGAAAUACAUACUUUCUUAUUCAAAAUAUUGACGUUGUAUGCAAAAUAUUUAUCUCUUCUUACUUCACGACGUGUAACUAACUUAAGUACUAACAUUUCUGCGUCAUAAUAAUGAAUGAAUUUCGACGACAACAUUACGUAAGUAAAAGAAAUUGAAUAUGAACAAGAUGCGUAUAUGCAAAUGCAUCGAGACUUUCUCGAUCUAUCUAGAAUGAAUGGAAUAUACUACAUAGUAACGCGCCGGCAAACAAUGCAAAAGAUUAGAUCUGGAACCGGGAAUAUUAUUGAACAAAAGCAUAAGGUUGAGGAGUCAGACGCUGAUCAACAUCAAGAAUAAGAGCAGAAAUUUAGAACAAUAACUGGGAAAAAAUAAAACAAUACUAGGUCAUUUCCAUAAAUAUUUCUAUGGAAGAAAG